AUGAUAGCAAAAUAUCAACAGCUUUUCAGGAUUUGCCAUGUGGGUAUCCUCUGCCUGAUUCUAGCAGGCGCAGAUGCAGGCAAUAUUCCCGAGUCUGGAGAGGAUCUGACUGCAGAGCUGGAUGCAGCCCGCAUCAAUGGCGGCCAAUUGAUGAACGAAUCGGUGCCAUUUCAGGUCUCAAUGCAGAUGCUGCGCCGUGGCCGCUGGCGGCACUUCUGCAGCGGCUCCAUUGUCAGCGAGCAGCAUGUCCUGACGGCGGCGCAUUGCGUGGACAAGCUGCAGGUGGCCCACCUAAGCGUGCUGGGCGGCACACUUAACUGGCAGCUGGAUGGACGCCAUCGGCACGGAAUUGUGGCCAAGCACGUGCAUCCGCAGUAUACCAUGAGUCCGCGCAUAAUCAAUGACAUUGCCCUGCUGAGGGUCAGUCGGCCGUUUCAGCUGCAGUUCGCGGAGAUUGCCACCGUGCCGUUGGGUGACAGCACACGCAUUGGCCGCCAGGUGCCCGUCCGUCUCACCGGCUGGGGCUCCAUAACGCCCAACAGUACGGGCGCUCAGGUGCCGGAUCGCCUGCAGGUGCUCAACUAUCAGACCAUCUCGAAUGAGGAAUGCGUCCAGAAAGGCUUUCGCGUCACACCCAACGAGAUUUGCGCACUUUCAGCGCCCGGCCAGGGCGCCUGCAUGGGUGACUCGGGUGGUCCACUGAUCUUGACGGCCAGCGGCCGUCCGCUGCAGCUGGUGGGCAUUGUGUCCUAUGGCAGCGCCACCUGCGCCCAGGGCAAGCCCGAUGUCUAUACGCGUGUCUCCAGCUUUUUGCCCUACAUCAGCAAGAUCCUUAACCAGGAUCUGGCCCAGGCGACGCAUAAGCAAUAAAUUCUCU